AUGGCUUGCUCCAGUGAAGUGAACGGUACUGCGACGCAUGCUAACAAAGCCACUCUCAAUGGCACCACCAAUGGAAUCGAUAUCUCGGCCGAUAGAACUCCUGAUCUAGGCGCCCAUGCCGGCGACAGGCAACGCCUGAGAGACGCGAAAACCUCCUUGAAAGCCUUGCCAGCCUAUACGCCCCGAAAACUUCGUGUUGUAACGAUCGGUGCUGGGUAUUCGGGUCUUACCUUGGCGCAUAAGUUCCAGCAUGAACACAGCGACCUGAGUGAUAUAAUCGAUCACACAAUCUACGAAGUAAGGUCCGAACUUGGAGGGACCUGGCUGGUGAACACCUACCCAGGAGUGGUUUGCGAUGUUCCGUCACAUAUCUACGCGUUCCCAUUCGACCCCAACCCUAGUUGGUCUCGGUUCUUCUCGACUGGACCUGAAAUCUGGGCAUACAUGAAGAAAACCGCCCAGAAAUGGAAUCUCGAGCGUGAUGUUAAAUACAACCAUCGUGUCAAGGGAGCUUACUGGCAAGGAGAUCGUGGCCAAUGGAAGGUCCUGGUCGAGCAUGCCAACACGAUUUUCGAAGACUAUGCCGAUAUUCUGAUCUCGGCGCAGGGGUUUUUGAACACCUGGAACUGGCCCUCGAUUCCUGGGUUACAAAACUUCCAGGGCAAGAAGGUACAUUCGGCAAACUGGGACCACGACUACGACUACAGCGAGAAAAGCAUUGCGGUGAUCGGCAAUGGUUCGUCCGGCAUCCAAAUAUUGCCUCAGAUGGCGAAGCUACCAGGUACAAAGGUAACGAGUUUUCAACGUGGCGCAACCUGGGUGGUUAGCACCAUGAGCCCUGCUUCUCUGCUUGGAAAAGACGACCCUGCGUACAAUCCGGAGUACACAGAUGAGGAGAAGGAAGCCUUCUUGAAGGAACCGCAAAAACAUAAUCAGUACCGGAAGAAGAUCAUUCACAGCAUCAAUGACAGUUUCAAGAUGUUUGUGAAGAACUCGGAGCUCAAUAAGCAGAUCUUUGGCCUUGCCACUCGACAGAUGACCGAAAAAUUGAAUAGCGAUCCCGAAUUAUGCGAAAAACUCAUUCCGAAGUGGGAGUUGGGCUGUCGACGGAUCACCCCCGGAGAGGGAUACCUCGAAGCCUUUUUACGUGACAAUGUUGAGCUCACCCAGAGUCCCAUCACCCAUAUUGAUACGGAUAGCGUCCAUACAUCUGAUGGCAAGGCCUAUAAGGUAGAUGUCGUCAUCUGUGCCACCGGAUUCGACGUCUCCUAUCGCCCUCAUUAUCCAAUCGUUGGCCGAGGGAAUGUGAAUCUUGCAAACAAAUGGGCUAAGGAACCCUCGUCGUACUUGUCACUCGCUUCAGCCGACAUGCCGAAUUACUUCAUGUUUACCGGGCCUAACGCGUUGAUCGGCCACGGUUCCCUGAUGGAAAGCCUGGGUUGGUCUGCCGAGUACAUGAUCAAAUGGAUCCGGAAAAUCGCCUCGGAGGACCUCAAAGCCGUGGUUCCCAAGCAGGACGCUGUGGAUGAUUUCCUCGCCUAUUCGGAUCAGAUCCACCAGACACUGACAUGGACAGGAGCAUGUCGGAGCUGGUACAAGAACAAUACGAUAGACGGCCGAGUGACCGCGACGUUUGCGGGUAGUGCGUUGCUAUUCAAACGACUCAUUGAGGAUCUGCGACCGGAAGACUUCGAUCUUGAGUCGAGAGACGAGAAUCGCUUCCGGUUUCUAGGGAAUGGAUUUUUAGCAUACGAGUUGAACAAGGGGAAUGAUUUGGCUUGGUACGUGAAAAUGUGA